UUGGUCUAUUAUUGAAAUAAAAUCGGUUUUUGGGCCUGCUAUUUGACGAGGGUUUGUUAUUUCUGGGUAGAUUCACAAAUUAGUCUGAGAAUCUUCACCAAAGCCCCCAAAAUCGAAUUGGACGCAUGGAAGGUUUACGUAAUGUUGUUCGUAGAAGUUCGGGCGAGAGAUCUUCUUCGGUGCUCUCCCCUGUGGAAAGCUUAAAUGCGAAUGGCGGAGGAGCUGGACAGAGUGUUGCUGUUUCCUCUUCUUCAUCGCCUUCUUCCCUUGCUCUGGCUACUAGACCUCCCAGACAAUUUGUAUCUUGGUUGACAUGCUCAAAACUUUGUGCAAUUUGCUUUGUUGCUGGAGUAGUUUUUGGCUACACACUAAAGCGACGCGUUAGGCACUGGGCUUCCAAACUUCUUAAGUACCUGAAAGAGUAGUUUUGCUUCAUUACUUUACUAAUUCGGUAAGACUUCAAUUUCAUUUAAAUUUUAGUUGAAGAAACAUCAUUUUCACCUCAUAAUUGGUGGAAUUACUUGUACUCCCUGAUGACAUUUUAUGGAUUUUGAGAAGAGUACAGCAUUGGCCUUUACUUACAGAAUUACUUGCUAAAAUUGUGGAAGUUGUUUUGGUUCAGCUUAUCCUUUUACAAUAUAUUUUAGUACCAUAUCUCAACUGUAUUUGCUGUAUUGUUCUAAUGUUUUUCACUUGCAAUGGGCCAGUACAUUUUCAGUUUUCUAUUGAAUGUGAGACACUUCUCUACCACUGCCCAAGAUCCGGUUUAAUGAACCUUCAGUUAUAAUUUGUAAGAGGUUCACUCUAAGCAGUACAUGGAUGGAAAAGGUCACCUAAAGAAAUUGAAUCAUGAUUCCCAAAUUCAGCAACUAUUUUCCACUCUUCUAAUGUUUAAUUUUCUUAACUUCAUUUUAUAUCCAGAUUCAAUGCAGAUUUGACCAAAUAGAAGGGAUGGUUAUUGUGCUGGGGAUAUGAUAUCUUGCUUUUAGUCUCUGAGAUUGUCCAAGAAGCAUAGAAAAUCAGUUCAUUAGCCUUGGUAAUUAGGUUUAAACUGCUUCUUAUUCCCGUAAAGGCCUAUAGAAAGCAUACUGAAUGGUGUGUUUUCUUGAAGCAGAUUAUUUUUUCACUCAGAAUUGUGUGUGCACUAAGCAUGUUUACUCAUUACUGGAGAUUUUGCGGGUUGCAAAACAUGUUAAAAUGGUAUUUUCAUUGUAGUGAAACAUGUAUAAUUCUUCUUGUUCAUUUGAUUU